CGGUCACCAUCUUGAGAGACAGCAGGUGGAGCUCCGACUGACAUGUUCAUUAAGGGGCGGGCUCCGAAGGCACCUCCCGGAGAGAGACUGAGCUCUAAGCGCGGCGGGCGGAGGCAGGCAGCCAUAGCCACGCCCCCGGUUUUGGGCUCCACCUCCCGGCCACACUUCCGUCGGGCGAGCGUCUGUAGGCGUCGCUGCAGUAAACUGGGCCGCCGGUUUGCCGCAUCACGGAAGAUGGCGGCUGCGGCUGUGAACGGGGCGGUGGGCUCUUCGAGCUCUGGGCCUUCGGCAGCCUCGGGCGCGGUUCUGCAGGCCGCGGCCGGCAUGUACGAGCAACUCAAGGGCGAGUGGAACCGUAAAUGCCCAAACCUUAGCAAGUGCGGGGAAGAGCUGGGCCGUCUCAAGCUGGUUCUGUUGGAGCUCAACUUCCUGCCAACCACAGGGACCAAACUGACCAAACAGCAGCUCAUUCUGGCCCGUGACAUACUGGAGAUUGGGGCCCAGUGGAGUAUCCUACGCAAGGACAUCCCCUCCUUCGAGCGCUACAUGGCUCAGCUCAAAUGCUACUACUUCGAUUACAGGGAGCAGCUCCCCGAGUCAGCAUACAUGCACCAGCUCUUGGGCCUCAACCUCCUCUUCCUGCUGUCCCAGAACCGGGUGGCUGAGUUCCACACAGAAUUGGAGCGGCUACCUGCCAAGGACAUCCAGACCAAUGUAUACAUCAAGCAUCCUGUGUCCCUUGAGCAAUACCUGAUGGAGGGCAGCUACAACAAGGUGUUCCUGGCCAAAGGCAACAUCCCUGCCGAGAGCUAUACCUUCUUCAUCGAUAUCCUGCUUGACACUAUCAGGGAUGAGAUUGCUGGGUGCAUCGAGAAGGCCUAUGAGAAAAUCCUCUUCACUGAGGCCACCCGGAUCCUCUUCUUCAACACACCCAAAAAGAUGACGGACUACGCCAAGAAGCGAGGGUGGGUCCUGGGCCUCAACAACUACUACAGCUUUGCCAGCCAGCAGCAGAAGCCAGAAGAUACCACCAUCCCCUCCACGGAGCUGGCCAAACAGGUCAUCGAGUAUGCCCGGCAGCUGGAGAUGAUCGUCUGAACCCAGCAGGCACUGGGGUGGGGCAGGGCUUGCAUUACUGAAAGCAGCUGUAGUGCAGGGUUCCCUCCAAUAAAGCUGGAUGGACAUUCUCUUUC